AUGACGAAAACAAGCCUACAAUUCUCUUUCUACACCAUCCUCUUCCUUCUCCUCUUCAGCCAAGCAAACUCUCAACUGAUCAAUGAACAAGAGCAAGCAAUUCUACUGAACCUAAAGAAACACUGGAAAAACCCCCAGCCCCUUAGCCAGUGGACCUCAUCAAACUCUUCCCACUGUACCUGGCCAAACAUCACCUGCAAUACCGAUGGCUCGGUCACUGGAAUAUCCCUCCAAAACAUGAAUAUCACCGGAACAGUCCCACCCUUCAUCUGUGACCUCAAAAACCUCACAACCCUUGACCUUUCAUUCAACUACAUGACCUCUAAUGGGUUCCCGACAGCUCUCUACAACUGCUCCAAACUCCAAUACCUCGACCUCUCGCAGAACUACUUCGCCGGCACCGUCCCCAACGACAUUCACCAGAUGGCUAGGCUUCGACAGCUCAACAUUGGAGCCAACAGCUUUUCCGGAAACAUCCCACCAUCUAUCGGGCGGUUAACAGAGUUGAGGAUACUUCAGCUCUUCCUUAUUCAGUUUAACGGUUCUUUCCCGCCAGAAAUUGGCAACUUGUCCAAUCUUGAAGUCCUAGAAUUGGGCGCCAUGACAAAUAUCACGACAACAUUGCCUUCGGAGUUCACAAAGUUGAGGAAACUCAAGUAUCUUUGGGUGGCAAGCUCGAAUUUGGUAGGAAAAAUCCCAGACUCGAUUGGAGAAAUGGCGGCACUGGAGCAUUUGGAUUUGUCAAUGAACAAUCUGAGCGGGAAUAUCCCGAGCGGUUUGUUUAUGCUGAAGAAUUUGAGUAUAGUGUACCUUUACAAAAACAAAUUGUCCGGGGAGAUUCCUCGGGUGGUGGAGGCUUUAAAUAUAGAUGUUCUUGAUCUCUCCGAGAAUAGCUUGACAGGGUCAAUACCCGAUGAUUUCGGAAGACUCACCAAAUUAUCGGGUCUGAGUUUGUAUUCCAAUCAAUUAUCUGGAAAAAUUCCAGAUAGCAUAGGUCGUCUUCCGGGGCUGAUAAAUUUUAAACUGUUUAAUAACAAAUUUUCUGGUACUUUGUCUCAGGACUUUGGGCGGUAUUCUAUGCUUGAACUUUUUCAGGUGGCGUCCAAUUAUGGGCUUAUUGGCGAGUUGCCAAAACACUUGGGUGAUAAUGGAAGGCUGCUACGAGUGGCAGCUUUCGACAACAACCUCAAUGGUGAACUGCCGAAGUCGCUUGGAAAUUGCAAUAAUUUGACAUUUCUUGAUGUUCAUAAUAAUAGGUUUUUUGGGAAUGUUCCUAGUGGCCUUUGGACAUUAUUGCAUCUGGGCAUCUUGAUCUUGAGUCACAAUUCCUUUACAGGAGAGCUUCCUGAGCGAUUGCCACGUAAUCUUUCUCGAUUAGAGAUGAGUCACAACAGGUUUUCUGGUGAAAUUUCAGCAGGAGUGUCUUCUGCGAAGAAUUUGGUGUUUCUCGACGCCAGUAAUAACCUCUUAAAUGGUGUAAUUCCUCAAGAAUUAACAGCUCUUCCUCAUUUAACAACUCUUUUGCUCGAUCGGAAUCGACUCUCAGGCUCCCUUCCUUCAAAUAUUCUGUCAUGGAAAUCGCUAAAUGUGCUAAAUCUUAGCCGAAAUGCAAUUUCCGGACAAAUUCCAGAGAAAUUUGGUUCUUUACCCGUUCUUACUGUUUUGGACGUCUCAGAAAACCAACUGUUUGGUGAAAUUCCACCAGAACUUGGCCUCCUAACGCUCAAUUCACUCAAUCUCUCUUCCAAUCAUUUGACUGGGAGAAUUCCAAGUGCAUUCGAAAAUGGUGCAUAUGCCAACAGCUUCUUGAACAAUACUCGUCUCUGUGCUAAUAGCCCAUCACUAAACAUUGCCAAAUGCGACUCCAAACCCCAAAAUUCAAGCAAAACUUUGUCCAAAUUAGUUCCUUGGAUUUUAGGUUUUGUGAUACCAGCAGCUUUACUGGGUUUGGUAGCUUCAUUCCUUGUGAUCAGAAUUUAUAGAAAGAGAAAGCAUGGAUUGGAUUUGACGUGGGAGCUCACAUCAUUCCAGAUGCUAAAUUUCAGAGAAUCUGACAUUUUGCCUGGACUGACAGAUAAUAAUGUGAUUGGUAGCGGUGGUUCGGGCAAGGUAUAUCGUGUUGCUAUUAAUUCUUCACUUAAAAUUGUUGCUGUGAAGAAGAUUUGGAAUAACAAAAGGCAAGAAGAAAAGCUUGAAAAAGAAUUUCUCGCAGAAGUCAAAACACUGGGUUCAAUUCGACAUUUCAACAUAGUGAACUUGCUCUGUUGUAUCUCUAGUACUCACAAUUCAAAACUUCUUGUCUACGAGUAUUUGGAAAAUCGUAGCUUAGAUCUAUGGCUGCAUGGAAAGAGUACUACUAGAGCAUCAACUGGCUCAGGUUCAGUCCAGCAUGUCGUCCUAGACUGGCCUAAGAGGUUGCAGAUAGCAGUUGGGGCUGCCCGGGGCCUCUCCUAUAUGCACCAUGACUGCUCACCACCCAUUGUUCAUCGAGAUGUGAAGUCAAGCAACAUCCUUUUAGAUUAUGAGUUUAAUGCAAAAAUUGCUGAUUUUGGUCUAGCCAAGAUGUUGAUGAAGGAGGGAGAAUCUGCUACAAUGUCAGCUUUUGCUGGCUCUUUCGGCUACAUAGCUCCAGAGUAUGCUCACACAACACGAGUGAGUGAGAAGAGUGACGUUUAUAGCUUUGGAGUUAUCCUUCUGGAGCUUGCAACUGGAAGAAAAGCUUGUGAUGGUGAUGAAAACACAUCACUUGCUGAAUGGGCAUGGAGACGCUUUCAAGAAGGCGGCCCAUUGGUUGAUGCCUUGGAUGAGGAGGUGAAGGAACUUCGUUACUUGGAUGAAAUGUGCUGUGUUUUCCAACUUGGAAUCAUCUGUACAGGUAUACUACCUUCUACCAGGCCGUCCAUGAAAGAGGUUUUGAAGAUUUUGCUCCGAUGGAACCAACCGCCGGUUUUUGGUGAGCAGAAUACUGCAGGUGAGUAAAAUGUGGAUUCAAACCACGAGAGGAUAUUAGUAAAUAAUGAUGCCAAUUAAAUUUAGUAUCCCCUAGUUGAUGCUUUUUCAAAUGCCACGAGGAAUUAAAAUGUACGUUCAACAUUCUUAUGGGAUGGAUAUCAUGCAUGUUGGAUGCAGUAGGGUUUUUUUUCUUUUCUUUUCUUUUUUUUUAAAAAAAAAAGAAAAAGAAAAGAGAGUGGUAAGGUGUU